AUGACUGGGUAUAAGAGCGUUGCUAACAAGUUUUUGGACAAAAUCGGACUGCUACAUUCGGCCAAACAAAUGAAAAACAAAUUUGUCAACUUGAAGAAAGAUUGGGUUGCGUGGAAAAAGCUAGAGAAUGCCAAUCAAGGCUUGACAGGGCUUGGGUAUGACCAUGAGACGGGUUUGUUCACACACCUGACCAUUGGUGGGCCAAAAUACAAGCGUUAUAUGAACAACCGAUGUGCUAAGUUCAAGACCAAGCCUCUAGAGCACUUGGACCUCAUGGAACGGGUGUACUCUAGCACAGCUGCGAUAGGGAAACAUGUAUGGACUCCAACUGAACUGUGCAAUGAUGAUGCUGUCGUGGCCAUUGCCAACGAGGACAGCGAGAUGGGACCUUUCAGUGCUAUCACACCACCACAUCCGGGCCAUAAUACUGUUGGCGAGAACGUGGUGGAUAGUUUCCUGUUCGAUGAUGCUCCCCCGUAG